UGAAACCGUGAGCCAAGUUCAGCCUGCGAAUAAGACACUGCGAAAAAGGAGCCAAACGAAUCGGGAGCUGCGAAUAAGUAACUAACUUCAGCCUCGUCUGAUUCAUGUCACCACCAGUCUAAAGAAAUCUGACGCAGGUUUCUCUAACAGGAACGUUUCUCCUCAAACCAUACUUAAUGUCUAUAUCUCAUAAUAAUCGAAUUAUGUAGAUUUUGUUUAUCUGUAUAUUUCUCAUUUGAAAUGAGAUUUGAGCAACCGCAAACAGGUCACAGAAUCUUAGCCAACAGAACAAAAUGAAAUUAAACCCUAAAAGAGGAAGUGAGAAAAAAGUAGAUUCUAUUCCUCAUAAGUUUGACUGAGUAAAAUUAUUAACAUCUGAAAUAUUCGCUAAAAUCAAAUGCACCAAAAGUGUGCCUCAGUACAUGGAACCGAGUGUAUUUAACAAUUUAUCUUAGAUUUUAACGGCCGUCUAAGUGAAAUUCUGGUUAUAAGCAUCGUUUUGUUACUAAACCGAGCUGCUUCGUCCUUCAGUCAAAACAAGGAAACUUGUGGCAAUGACGGAGGCUAAUGCUAAUGCUAGCGCGGCAGCCUGAAGUAGGACUCUUAACUUCUGCAUAUAGGUUUGGCUUAUUUUGUGCUGAACGUGAGAAAGUGUGCAGAGCAAUGACGUCGCGUGUGUUGCUGCGGCAGCAGCUGAUGCGGGAGCAGGCUCAGGAGCAGGAACGGCGUGAGGCGCAACAGCAGGCAGCUCAGCUCCGCCCUACUGAUGCGACCCCUGCCAUUUCUGUCACUGUGCCCCCCACAGCCGCCCGGCCCCCACCUGCACAGGUUCCCAUGGAGGUUCUAAAGGUUCAAACUCAUUUAGAGAACCCAACCAAGUACCAUAUCCAGCAAGCUCAGCGGCAACAGGUGAAACAGUACUUGUCCACCACACUGGGUACUAAAAUAGCCUCUCAGACGCUGUCCAUCUCCCCGGUGCAUCAGUCUAGCUCUGCCCCUGAGGUGGCUCCAUCCACCAGCAGUGCCCCUAACAGCCCAAUGGCUCUGCUCAACCUCGGCUCCAAUAAAGAGGAGAUUGAUGAUGUAAUAGAUGACAUCAUUAGCCUUGAAUCCAGCUUCAACGAUGAUAUUAUGUCAUUUAUAGACUCCGGCUUACAGCUCCCAAAUACACUGCCAGGCAACCUGCUGGAUGUCUACGCCAGUCCUGGUGUGGCACCCCCCACCAUCACUGUCAGCAACUCAUGCCCUGCAGAUCUGCCCAAAAUCAAAACAGAAUUAACCGAUGCAGAGACCAAGGCUCUGCUGAAGGAGAGACAGAAGAAAGACAACCAUAAUCUCAUUGAAAGGAGGAGAAGGUUUAAUAUAAAUGACAGAAUAAAGGAGUUGGGAGCUCUUAUACCAAAAUCUAGUGACCCGGAGAUGCGAUGGAAUAAGGGGACCAUUCUGAAGGCAUCUGUGGACUACAUAAGGAAACUUCAGAAAGAGCAGCAGAGAGCCAAAGAUAUUGAGAUGAAGCAGAAAAAAUUGGAGCAUGCCAAUCAGACUCUGCUGCUACGCAUUCAGGAGUUGGAGAUGCAGGCCCGACUGCAUGGCCUGUCUUCCAAUCUGUCAUCUUCCUCUGGCAUCAGUUCAGACUCUCCGUUUCUCCAGCCGCCAGCCCAGGCCAGCGUGGGAGAGCCUCUCUCACACUCGCACACACACCUGGGCCUGGAUGGAGCCGUGGGUCAGACUUCCUCCUUCCUGGCCCCACCCCCAUCUGGGUCUCCCGGCCUGGCCCUGGCCGCUCCACUGGACCUGGGCACUCUAAGUUUUUCAGAGCUCGAUGAGCCUGCAGGUUCAAGCCUUUACCCAGACGUAAGUCUGGGGGACAUGCUAAUGGAGGAGUGCACUCUAUCCCCUGGGACGGCCCCCAACGCCCUGCUCAACUCAAACUCACCCGGAGCAUCCAAAACCAGCAGCCAGCGCAGCAGCCUCGACAUGGAGGAGGACUUGUGACAAGAUUGAAGUUGGAGUUUUACACUCAGGUUCUGGAAGUCCACAGUGUUUUUCCUCCUUUAACACAUCAAAUUCAGUUCACGAUGGCUUCGGAGUGCCGUGCCACCAACUUUGGUGCCAUGCCCAGUUAAGGAACUCUGGGUCUACUGUUUUACUGUAUGGGAACAAUGAAGGUCAUUUUCAAAAAUCACCCCUGUUGUAACUAAAAACAAAAAAACAAAGCCAAUUUGCAAAGCCAGUUUUGUCAUGCAUACAUUUUGCAACAAGGUCCUCUAAAUUACAAGGUCAGUAAAUAGUCCAAAUACCAAAACUGCUAUAUACAAGCGAACACUCUUACCCAGUGCCCCAGUGUUACAAGGUGGCUAUGCACCUAAGAUUUUCACUCACCUUCACACCUGUGUUAAAGUGAUGUGAUAAGAAAUGUAAUUUGAUUUGAUGUGAUUGCCACUGCAUGAAAAUAAGCUCACUAUUAGUAGUAGUAGUAGUAGUAGAACACCACCAGUAGUAGUACAACAGAAGGAAAAACACCAGCAACUCAAAUUGUAGCCAAUUACUGCCAAAACUACUUAACAGACAUGCUUGUUGGAGGUAUUUUGGUGAGGUUGCCAGGGGUACUUGUGAUUGUCAACCUCACUGAAAUAAAUUGAAUGUGAGUAAAUGCUUGUAGCUUGUAUGUACCAGUAUGAUUGUUUCAGUCCCUUAAUUACAAAUCAUUGAAUUUA